AUGCCCUCCCCCAUCGCAGAUCGCCGAAAAGCGCGUUCCAAAAACGGUUGUUUAACAUGUCGUAUUCGAAAAGUCAAGUGUGAUGAACAAAGACCUGUUUGUAAACGCUGUGAGAACAGUCCUAAUAGGUGUGAAUGGCUCGAACCAGGCCAAGCACUCAGUGCAAGGGGGAAAGGGGUUUCUAGUCCUGCGUAUGGAAGUCCGAGGUUCCUUGCUUCGAGUGAAUCGCCUGCGAGCUUUGACUCUGGAAGUCCUGCUUCACCGGCGAGUUAUGAAGGACAACGGGUGAAUUUAUCGGCGGCGCAUGUACCGCUUGCGAAUUCGCUGCAGUUGAGUGAGCAGGACAGAGCGGCUUUUGCGUAUAUCCCUUACUCAACCAUGGUGGUGAGUUAUGGGAAACUCUGGCCGUGGAGUUGUUUCUCGUAUAUCUAUGCGAAUAUCGCGAGUCUGUAUCCUGGCGUGAUGAGGAGUUUUAUCGCGGUUGCGAAUAUGGAGUUACGAGCGAAGGAUUUGCUUGAGGCGAGUGCGUCUUCAGAGAGGGCGAGUCGGCUUGGGGCUUCGGCGGCGGUGCAUUAUACACAGGCGUUAAAGGAUUUGUCGUCGUUGUUGGAUCGUAUUUGUCAGACGCCGGAGCAGGAUUGUGAUAUUGAUGCGUUGUUUACGAUGUGGUUUUUGAUCAUGAGAUAUGAGGCUUGUGAUUCGGAGACUACGGGGGCGUCGUUGUUGCAUCUUGAUGGGAUACGGUUGUUCUUGAGGCCGUAUUUGCGGGAUGAUGGACAGGCGACUGAGAAGAAGUUGCCUUGCGUGGCUCAAGCAAUGCUCCUGUACACAUUAUAUCUUGAUGCCGACUCAGCAACUGGCAACAUGAACAGCGGACAGUUUUGUCUCGACUUUCUCUCCCGCGACGUUCAUGACUACAUCUCACAUGAACACCUCUUCCUUAGUGUCCGAUCAGCACUUCCUAAGAUAUGGGGUGAGCAAUAUCCUAUAUCCGAACUCCUCGAUGAUCUAGAGAACUACCGGCCCUUACGCCUCUAUCAUCUAUGUCAAGGUUCCAAGCUUGAGCUCCUCAGACUAGCACGGUCAACAACGCACGGUGGAUACGACGAUCUGAAGAAACUCUGGCGACAUGUCGAAAGCUUUGGUGACGAAUUCGCCGACAUCCUCCUCCUCGCCAAAAAGGCACCAUCCUCCGGCGGCAAACGCCUCAUGUGGACAGUCUACUCCGCCGCCCUCGACUUCCACGCCCUCCAAAUCCUCUGCUCCAGCCUAGACACCUACAACGAAACCCCCUUCAAGCCCGAGCCCUCCCUAUCCUACAUCUUCACCGUCGCCACAAAAGCUCUCGAAGAAGAUCCGCGUCAGGUUUACCGCUUUAUGUGGUCACUCUCCGUGGCGCUCAGUAAAACAAACGGGCAUAGUAGUCAGGUUUGGUUAUCUACGCAGCUUGCUAAAGCGAGGGUUCUAUUACCUAGAUUUGGAGUUCCGGGGUUGAUACUUGAGCAGUGUGGGGGUUUAUGUAACGAGGGGACACAGUAA